AUGGCGGGGUUGUUCGUAAAGCAAGCAGCCAUCUAUGCGGAAGCGAGGCCCAUGUAUCCCUGGUUCUCCAAGCUUGCAUCCUUCACAUCCCAUCACAAAUUGGUGUGGGACGUUGGCACUAGCAACGACCAAGCUGUAUUGCGGGUGGUGGAUCACUACGAGCAGGUGAUGGCAACAGACGUGAGUGAGGCUCAGCUAAAACAUGGCACCCGAGACCCAAAAUUCCACUACAUCCACACGCCCCUCUCCACUUCGGAUGACGAAUUGGUGCUGAUGGAUUUGAUGACGGUGGCGCAGGCCGUCCAUUGGUUCAACCUUCCCAGAUUUUACUCAGUGGUUAAACGUGUACUAAGAAAUCCCGGAGGAGUGAUUGCUGUGUGGGGAUACAACUAUCGGGUGAGCUCCUUAGAGGACACCGCAAAACGCUUCCUUGAUACCACGCUUCCUUGUUUAGAUCCUAGAGCUCGGUACGUCAUCGAUGGCUACCGAAACCUCCCCUUUCUCUCCAAGAGUGUAGGGAUGGGAGGCGAAGGGAAUCCAAAUAUUCUGGACAUGGUGGUGUUGGAUGACGAGGGUAAUAAUAAUGAUGGGAUACUAACUAACGUCAUCUGCUCCCGGGUGACGUCUCCUAGAUCACGCAGACCGAGGAGUUACGGGGGUCGCCUGCCUUCGUCUGACUUGACAGCGCCUGAUCGAAGCAAACCAAAACGCCGACCAAGGCACAUCACCAUCCUGCAGGAGCCCGGUCCUUCACGCAACGCCAAUGCCGAUGUUAGACGUUAUCCAAUGUACGACCCUGCUCCCUACAAGCAGGCACAUCAGGAAACGGACGACGGGCCAGCAACCGACCAUCGCGACCUUCUGGGAAACCUCCCCGGCAUUGACCAGAGGCUGUAUUGGCCCCGAGACCACAGCGUAAAGAUGUUGACACUAACACUGGACGUGACGUUUGAUCGGUUCUGGGGCCUGAUGAGGUCAUGGUCCGCCGUGGCCACUGCAAGGGAGCAAGGAGUGGAGCUGUUGUCCGAGGACGUGGUGAAGAAGCUUGAGUCGGACCGGGGCGGAUCCUCCGAGGUGACGACGAUCACCCACAAGGUUCCCAUGCCAGUUGGCACGUCCGAACAAGACCAUAUGGUGUUCGAUAAAAUGCUUGUGCUGCUGCUGUAA